AUGGUGAAAUCCAAAGAUGAUCGGUACUCUUCCGGUGAUCGGAGCGGCCGCGGCGGCAUCACGGCGUCGGCCAUCGUCGCCCCAGCCGUCUCCGGGUCGCACGUUCUCAAGAUCGAAGGCUACUCCCGAACCAAAGGGCUCGGCAACGGCAAUUGCAUCGUAUCCAGGACAUUCGCAGUCGGUGGUCAUAGGUGGUAUAUCCAAUACUUCCCUGAUGGCAGCGGCACUGACGCUGCCGAUUGGAUAUCCAUCUUCAUCUGCCUCCAUGACGAUGAUACCAGUGAAGUCAAAGCAUCAUACAAGAUUAAUCUGCUCGAUCAAGGCGGGAAUCCGGUCCCGUCGUACUGCUUUGCCAGGUCGACUAAAACCUUCUCCAGAAGAAUGCCAUGGGGUUGCAGAGCAUUCAUCAAGAGAAGGGACUUAGAGGAAUCAGCUUACCUCAGGAAUGAUGUUUUCAGCGUCAGGUGUGAUCUCACUGUGAACACGGGCAUCUUCACCAAGCACCUUGUCCCGGUUACCACCCUUCUUAGGGUCAAAAAAGAAAGAUUGUAG